GGAGGGGGCGACAGUCUGCCGGCCGAGCUGCUACAGGGAGCCGAUAGAGGAAGAACCGCUGUGGGUGCAGUUCUUCACGUUAGCCGAGACCAUAUUGUUAGCAGACAGCGCUGACAAGUGGCUCUUACGGGGUGAUUGUUGGACACAUUUCUACUCACUAAACCAGAGUCAGGAGUUGUAAUCGAGGCUCUUCGACGACUGCUUCGCCAAGAUGAGCUUCCUGUUUGGCAGUCGCUCAUCCAAGACCUUCAAGCCGAAGAAGAACAUCCCAGAGGGCUCCCAUCAGUAUGAGCUGCUGAAGCAUGCUGAGGCGACACUGGGCAGUGGGAACCUGAGGCAGGCUGUUAUGCUGCCCGAGGGAGAGGAUCUCAAUGAGUGGAUCGCUGUCAACACCGUGGAUUUCUUCAACCAGAUCAACAUGCUGUACGGCACCAUCACUGAGUUCUGCACUGAGACCAGCUGCUCUGUGAUGUCUGCUGGACCAAGAUAUGAGUACCACUGGGCUGACGGCACCAACAUUAAGAAGCCUAUCAAAUGCUCCGCUCCCAAAUACAUAGACUACCUGAUGACCUGGGUGCAGGAUCAGCUGGAUGAUGAGACACUUUUUCCCUCCAAGAUUGGAGUUCCCUUCCCCAAGAACUUCAUGUCCGUGGCCAAAACCAUCCUGAAGCGUCUGUUCAGGGUUUACGCUCACAUCUACCACCAACAUUUUGACUCUGUGAUGCAGCUGCAGGAGGAGGCCCACCUCAACACCUCCUUCAAGCAUUUCAUUUUCUUUGUUCAGGAGUUCAACCUCAUCGACCGACGAGAGCUUGCUCCCCUGCAGGACUUGAUCGAGAAGCUUGGAUCCAAGGACAGAUAGAUGUUUCAUCUCCCCUUUUUUUUAAAUUUUUUUUUUUUUAACAAUUUCUUUUCCUCCAUUGUCCUUCUCUGUGACCUCUGCUACCUCUAUGACUUCUAGUCUCAACUCUUAAAAUGUUGUGCCUUCUUCUUUUCUUUUCUUUCACCUGAACGUUUUUUUUGCUGUACUUUUCCUUUUAUUCUUUCUGUUGUCUUUUAUGCUGUCUUUGAGCCUUUUUUCUCAUCAUUGUCCUUCUAGAUCAUAAAAAAAAAUAGCGUAGUGUAGUCAAAAUAUAUUUUCACAGGACUGUGGUUAACAACUCGUUAAGAGCAACCUACUGAUUUUUACAUUGGACCAAGGACAUUUGGAAGUUAAAGUGAAAACCAGCCUUUUUUUUUUUUUUCCUUCAAAAGUUGGUGUAUAGUGUUUUUACUUAUUGAUAGGCAAUUUUAUUUUUGUUAACUUUUAGCUAUUGCAAUUACAAUGACUGACCAAAUAUCCCAAUCUUAGUUUUGUUUUGUUUUUUAUUUUCUGUCAUUAGGGUACAGUGAGAGUAACAGGAAGAAGAGAAAAAGUAGUGACAUGAAACAGAUCUUGGGGUAAACUUUGCACCAGUAACAAUGCAGGCGCACUUCAGUCUGAAGGCAGGCACAACAUGUAGCUGUCUGGCUAUGUAUCUGAUAUCAUACAUAUGUUAACAUGAUGUUGUUGACAUGCUCUUUGACACAGUCAACUGCAAAGAGACACAUUGAUGGAUGAUUGUGAGAUGCCUUUAUUCUUGCCCCACAAAAACACCACCUUCAACUGCAUCGUAGCUAUUUCAGUUUGGUCACGCAAUAUUGUUUUGCACAUUUUUCAGCUGUUUUCUUACAGAGAGAUGGUUCAUUGAAAUAGUAAAAUGCAAGAUAAAGUGCUUACAGUGAUACUUUUUUACCUGCUUUAUAGUUAUUAUUAAUAGCCACCUGCCACCAGCUUGCAUAAUCAUGACCCUAUAAGGGAGUUGUAUUGUAAAAAUGAUCAUGUCAGCAGCAAAAAUAGUCUGUGAAUUUUUAGUUUUACUGUCAUUAUAGUUCAUUUCUGUGGUGCCGAUAAAUUGUGGAACUCUGAAUGUUCCCUCAAUGCUGGUACUUAUUUUUAUUUACUUUUUACAUUUUUUUUUUACUAAAAACUGUCCCCCCUGGUUUGAAAAAUAGUCAUAUCUAUUGCACCUGUGCAUGAAAAGGAUGAGUGUCCUGAGAUGUAUGUAGUUUUCCCACAGAUGUCUUUAUUAAGUCUUGGUGCAUGUAUAAUUAUCGUGGUCAUUUCCUGUGCUUAACUCAGGCUACAACAGCAGGGCUGUUUGUACUGCCAUCUCUUUACAAACUAAUGCAGCUAGUACUCCUAAUGCAUGUUUUAUUUGGCAAAGUUUGAGCGAGGGACAUUGGUGCGUAAUCCUACUUCAUGUUGGACCUAAAUUCAUGUCAGACAAUCAUGUAACCGAUCAGACAGAAGAGAUGUAAGAUUACUGAAUGCGUCACCAGGAACCAGCCAAUGUGAUUAGGUGCACUAGAUUGUUCAUUUCAUUAUUUACCACUUUUUAAAGACUGUUUUCACACCAAUGCAAAGGUGUAUUUCCAAGCCUUUCAACAAUGUGAAAAACAUUCCUUUUAAUAUCGAUUUAUCCACUUUUGAGUCCCUUAAGUUGCUGGACAAAAACCUCAAGCUUGCAUCCGAUUAGUCAUCUGGAGGCCUGUCAAUAUAUUUUGCAAGACCAGGUUAUAUUUUAGAGAUUUUAUUUUAAUAUACAACCAGUCCUUUCAAUCUAGUCACAUAUUUCAAAUGUAUUCCUUUUUUUUCCUCACACUUUUGUUGUUAAACUUUUGGCACGGAGUUACAUUUCAUAUCGCAUUGUAAAAUAAGUGUUGACUUUAUACAUUUUGGAUCAAAGAAGGAACAAGGGCUUUGAAAUGAAUUAAAAGUUUUAUAUAUUUACAUUAACGGUCAGAUCAUCGGGGGGGGUCAUUUUGACAAGGAAAAGAUGCGAGGAUGUAUGUACUGCGUCCAAACGUUUGCUGUAAAUAAGAUCAGUGUUUUAUCUGAACAAAACUGUGCCUUACAAAAAUGAAAAUGUCUGAUAUGACAGUAUUGGUAGAUUUAAAACUCAAUAAAAACCCGAAAGGACAA